CUGUAACAGAAACAGCUGAAGCUCCGAGAACAUCAGGGCGCUUCAGCACAGACUCUGGUGUAGUCCUGACCUCUGAGUUCGUUCACUCAGUCUGUGCUGUGGAGACGAGGUCACGUCAGGGAACGACAGAGGCCAACUCAAACACUCAGAUUAACCGCUGACCUGUUGGCUCGAGGACCCCGCAUGCGCGAUGGUCACUGCGGCCGAGCCUUCGGACCCAUCAGAACUGACACUCGGAUGAUUUUAACUCAUUUUCACUCUGUUUGGACAGCUGCUGUCUCAGGGGUCAAAGGUCACACGUUUCCAGGGUUUCACGUUUCGUGGUCCUGCUCAGUUUGUCACAUUCAGGUGAUGAACUUGGAAAACACAUCAGUGUAAGCAAUCAGAAUGUUUUCUAGGAACAACGGCUGAAGACAAAAGUGAGAAAACCAGUGAAAACAGUCACAGACUCACUGACAGCACGUAAACGUUAUAAUUCGUCACGUCAUUGUAUCAUUCAUGUAUAGAUCUUGUAUUACAUGAUCGUCAUUUUAUGUUAGUUUUCACACUGAGGAGCGUCAGCUUAAUGUCACGAUGAACUCCUGAAUCUGUAUGAUCCAUGAGGCACAAGCAGGCCGUCAGGCAGGCUGAAUAUUACAAUAUUAUUAUAGUAUAACAGUGAUCUGAGCCGGAGCUGCUGACUGCAGAGAGCUGGAUCGUUGGUCUGCACAGCGACUGAUGCAACACAAAUACAAACACUGAGUUUCAUCAUUGCCGUUUUCUCUGCUGUGGCGAAAUAACGAAAACUCCUGAAAGUGUUUGUUUGUUUUCAGCCUUUAAAGUCUGCGAGACGACGAGCAGGCGCUCAGCCUGAGGGUCGCAGCUGAAGAUGAGACGCCUCCUCGUUUUACUGGCUGUUUUGUGGGUGUGUGACGGCGUUAAGUUCGGUCAGCUGUGCAGCAGUAACCCGUGCAACAGCCGGAGGACGUCGGACAGAUGGGGACAGGGACAGUACGGAGCCGGACGGGGGACCAGACUCCACCAAGGGCUGGACAUCAAGUGCAGCGACGGCGCCGCUGUCUACGCUCCGUUUGACGUGACUCUUAACGGGAAACUGACCGUCUACACCGACCCCAGUAAGGCAGCCAUCAACGAGGGCAUCAACCUGUCAGGACAGGGUCUUUGUUUCAAGCUGUUCUACGUGAGGCCGGACCGAACCUCAGGAACGGUGAGGAAGGGGCAGAGGAUCGGCACCAUGCUGCCCAUGCAGAGCGUUUAUCCGGGAAUCACCUCACACGUCCACGUCCAGAUGUGCGACAAGCGCGACCCCACACCAUACUUCUGAUCCACCUUCAAACACCGUCGACAACCUUCAUUACCAAAGAGGCUUUUCUCUGAAUGUUGGUGGAAAACUUUAGCUCCUCAUCCACAUAAAAGGAUUCUGAUGGGCUACAUUGGCUACAAUAAAACACUUUGAAA